AUGUUAGAAUGGGAUACUCUUUCUGAAGUAGUUGUAGAUAAUGUUUUAGCUGUAUUUUGGAUGGAUAAUGGUCCAGUGACCAUGUUAAUGACUAUACAUGAAAUUUCAGAUACUGAUUCAUAUAUUUUUGAGCUUAUACGAAAUAUUGAGAAGAAAAUUGAAAAUGAAGUUAGAGAUAUUACUGACAAUGAUAAUGAUGAAGUUGAAGAUGAAUUUGCCAAUAAAACUGAAGAGGAAACUGCUGACGAAGCUGAAGAAGAAACUGCGAAUAUUAAAAACAAAAAAAAAAAUUAG